CAAUGCACUUCCGGGAAGUAGCAAGAAGACCAACCAAUCAAACAACACUUCAAUUUUAACUCAGGAGAGACACUUCCUUCUUUUUCUCUGCCCUAAAAGGACAUUUUUAACAGACGAGCGAGCUUUAAUUUGUGCCUGCUGCUAUCUGACUUCUCACCGGAAGCCUUUCUUUACCUGUUUUGUGGACUUUUUGAGCCACAGCUGCCUCGCCAACAGCUGUUUGAUGGGAACCCCGGAGGAAGAGAGAGAUUGGGUGAAUGUGGCCAAUGAUCUACUGGCCAGGUGUCACAUAGGAGCACAGAGGUUGACGAAACUCACGGACUGCGACGCUAAUGUCUUUGUGUGUUUGUAUGAGAACAUCCUGAGAGAGAAAGUUCCAGAUUAUAUUUCCACACCCAGCAGUCAGGAGGACGACAUACAUAAUGUACAGAGUGUGAUUGACUCCCUGUCGCUGGAUUAUCUUCAGAUCAGCCUUUCGCAUAUCACAGGAGAAAAUAUCAUCCAGGGAGACCAAGAGUCAAUCAAGAACCUAUUGGAUAUCUUUGAUGGCCUGUUGGAAUAUCUCAGUGAGGAGAUAAGUGAGAGCUCACACAAUGAUGAAUCCGGGCUAUGUAAUGGUGGUCUCCGAGAGGGAUUUCCCAGUGAAAGUGAGGAGGCGACCAACAGCAAUGCUAUCAAGAACAUGGACACUACGAUGGAGGGAACUUCUUUGUCCUCUGACGGAGGAGUGUCCGCACCCGUGUCCAGUAAGAGUUCGGAAAAUUCUGGUAAAAGUUCGGAAUAUUCUAGUAAAAGCGAAAGGAUGGAAUCAGCCUGUGAACUCCUAGGGUUCGGAGUUUCAGCGCUCACAUUCACAGACCGUCAAGAAGAACCAUCUGUCCAACCGCAAACCACGGAGACAAUCACCACGUCUGCUUUCCCAGAAGACCCGGGUGCACUUUUGAGUGUAGUGCUGCACCCUGCCAUCGCUCUGCACCCACCCGCUCAGAGCGACUCUCCACACCCGCAGCCACCAACAGCUGCCACCAUCCCGACCCACACCUCUACAGCUGGAGAUGAGAGAAUAGACUGCAAUGGACUGCACUCUCCUGCUCGGAGUGAAAGAGAUUCAUCCAUCCAGGAAAGGAGCGACUUAAAGGGAGAAACACUGGAGCCCACUAAUGGAGGCCCCAGGAGGGUUUUAUUCCACACGCAACCAGACGUGCUCCUCCUCUCGCUGCAGAAUGAGCUCCCGGCCGAGUCACCUUCCCCUCCAGACACAGAGGAAGAGGAAGAGGAAGACCUGAGUAGUGUACAGUUGGGAGGCCUGGGCGACCAGCACAAGACACUCCUCGGUCAAAUAUUUUUCUGUUGGAGCAGCAAGUUGCAAGAGGAGGAGGAAGAGGAAGAAUCCAAGGAGCCACGAUCUCCCCGCAGGGAAGAAGCAGAAAAGGAACUACGUCAUAUUAAGAAAAACGUCUAUAAUCGGGUUGAGGAGCUGCAUGAUAUGCUAAAACGAGUUUCUGGAAGCAGUGGCGAGCCUGCUGCUGUCAGAAAGGAGCAGGAGACGUCCCGGCUCAGUGAACGCAUCACGCAGCCUCACAGGAGUCCCCAACAGUCCAGAGAAACACCCGACGCCACCCGUCGCUCCUCGUUGACCUCGCCUCCAUCAGCUCAUCACUACGUAGAGGAGCACUCAGAAGAUGAGGAGGAUGAAGCUGGGAGCCUUGAAGACAGCAGGACAGCAGAUGUGUGGCAAAGGCAGCCACUGCACCGUGGACAACACAGCAAGAGCGUCGUCAAGCAGCCCUAUGAGGAGGAGUUAAGGAGACUAAAAAGCAAAAAACGAGUAGUUGUCGACAAGGAACGACACAAAGCACAGGAAGCUGAGCGAGAAUACAGAGAGGCUAUACUAAAAGACUUUCCUACAACGUCGCCAUCAACAACCAAGUCCUGGCGUAAGGUCAACACUCAAGCCACAUCAGGACGACUACGAAUUCCCAAGAAAAGUGCAUCAGUCAAAGUGAGCGAGCAGGAUCUCCUCCCCGUGCUCCAGGAGGAGUUACCUUACCUGCAGGUGUCCUCGCGGGAGCUGGAGCACAUGUGGCAGCAGCAGAGGCAGCAGGUGGAACGCCUCCACGCCGCCUCCUCUCACAAGCAGCACCGCGGCAGACUCUGCAAAGAGAUGGAAGAAGCUGAGCGGAAACACGACCUGCUGGUGGGGAUGGUGCACAGGCAGCAGGAGCACAGCAGGCGUCUGAGGGACUUCAAGGAGCACGCCCAGCAGCAGAAGUCCACCCAGAACCGACUGAGGGAUCAGCGGCAGCAGGUGGCCCGCGCCAGGAAGUACCACCAGGACUACCACGUCCAACACCGCGCUCGUCUCAUGAAAGCUCGCACCAAAGAAGAGAAGAUGUUUCGACAGCUCUUUGAAGAAGGUUUGGAGAUGCAGAAGAGUCGCCUGCGGGAGCAGAGGGACUACGCCACGGAGCAGAGGCAGCAGCACCACAGGCAACACCAGGACCACAUCCAGUCCAUGGAGAACUACUACAGAGACCAAGUAGGACACUACACACACCUGUUUAACAACGCUGCCAUCACUCCAGCAGCACCGAGAGCGGACUCGGCCAAACUACCUCUAGGAGAAAUUGCAAUGUUCAAUGCCAGUAAAAAAAAAGGCUAAAGCAAAGUAGAAUCCACUUUUCCAAAAAAUUGCUAGCUCAAUGCUAAUAUACAUUGGCUUUGCUACUGACAUGCUAUUGAUCAGCAUUAGCAAUUUUACACGGCAAUUUCAACACCAGAUU